AUGCACCCGUCAUUCCACGUGUCUCUCCUUCGUCCAUACACCCAUCCCAAUCCCACCUUCUCGGGCCGUGAUCGCACUCCACUGCUAGUAGCUGUUGACACCGACGAGCCCGACUACCAGAUCCAGCGCAUCCUCAGGCACCGUCGCCGUCUCCAUGGGGGUGUCUCUUUCAUCGACUUCUUGGUUCGUUGGCGUGGUUACGAUGCAGCCGACGACAGCUGGGUUCCUUUGUCCUCGCUGUCUCCCGACAACGCUUGCCUUCAAGCGUACCUUCAGUUUGCAGCCGGACGUGGUGGUCAACUGUGCAGCCAUGUCCGUGCCAAGGCAGUGCGAGAGCGACCCUGCCCUGGCCAUAGACCCCCCCCCCCCCCUUUUCCACCUCCUCCUCUCACGUCUGCCUCGCUGCGUCCCCCCCUCCUUUCCCCUUUUCAGUCUACGAGGGUACCACGACGUUUUACAAGGAGGAUGAUCCGUGUUGUGAAUGCGUACGGGAGGAGCAAGGUGGCAGGGGAGCAAGCUGUGCGCGGGCAUUGGCCAUGGCAUUCCCCUCCCCCUCCCCCUCUCUUCCUCCUCUUCCCCCAGUCCACAAAGUUGCCUCUACAUGGCAUCUCCCCAGGAGAAAAGAGAAAGAAAAAAGAGAACACCCUUUCUUUCUUCCCCCCUCCUCUUCCUCUCUGUCUCCCCCUCUUCCCCCCCCAAGUCUACGAGGGCACCAAGUCGUUUUACAAGGAGGAUGAUUCGUUGCUGGCAGUGAACACGUACGGGAGGAGCAAGGUGGCAGGGGAGCAGGCCGGGCGCGAGCAGUGGUGGGGCAGCUACGCUAUUAUGCGCAGCAGUAUUAUCGUGGGUCCGCCCCCACCUGUGCCUCUGAAAAAGACCCUGCCACUGCAGGUGAGAGUCAAUGGGAGUCUUUUUCGAAGUGCCUUAAUCAUCGUGGGUCCGCCUCCACCCGUGCCUCCGAAAAAAACCCUGCCGCUGCAGGUGAGGCGAGGGGCGAGAUGGUAUGGAAACUGGGAGGAGAGGGGGAAGGAGCGCAGAGGAGGACAGGACAAGGGGGAUGUGGGAGAGGGAAUUGUGCUGUAUGCUGUGGUGAUGGAGUGGAUGAAUGGAGCACUGCACUCUGCGUUGGCAUCGGGCCAACCAGCGUCCUUUUUUUACGAUGAGCACCGCUGCCCCGUCUACGUGCACGACUACCCCCGCAAUGUCCAAGCACUCAUGCAUCGACACGCCCAAGGUGCGUGCCUUUCUGAUUCCGAGUGGAGAUUAGGGGACUCUUCCUAUUAA